UUUCAGCUUGUUGCUCUGAAGCAAAACAAAGUGUGCUGCAGAUCGUCUUUUCUCCUGGUUCAUCAGUAGAGGCAGAAGCUGCCCGUCAGUGUGAAAAGGCAGCUAACCAUGGCUGUGCGCAUCAUACAUGGGAUGGAAGACCUGGUGGCCUCGAGCAGCCAGCUCGUCUGGAGUCUGGCGCAUCAGACCCUGAGGAGGUGGUACAAUCGUGGGCUGAUGCCAUGCAGACGCUUCCUAGAAGCCUGGUUCAGGAUUGGAAAAUGCUACCAGAUGACAGAGGGCCGUCUGUGUCAGGUUCACCUCCUUGAUGGCAGGAAGCUGGAGUUGCUGGUUCAGCCCAAGCUGUUGUCCCGUGAGCUGUUAGAUUUAGUGGCCUCACAUUUUAACCUGAAGGAAAAAGAAUACUUUGGGUUGUCUUACAUAGAUGACACUGGCCAGAAUAACUGGCUCCACCUGGAUCGUAAAGCCCUCGAUCAUGACUUCUCCAAGACUUCGGGGCCUUUGGAACUGAAGUUCCUGGUGAGGUUUUAUAUUGAGAAGAUCACUUUUUUGAAAGACAACACAACAGUGGAGCUGUUCUUCCUGAACGCUAAAUCUUUAGUGUCCAAUGAGACCAUCGAAGUGGAGAGUGAAAAUGUUUUCAAGUUAGCCGCAUUCGCAUUGCAGGAGGCCAAAGGAGAAUACACCAGUGCUGAGAUUGCCAGAUCAGACCUGAAGCAGCUCCCAGUUCUGCCCACCAGAGUAUUAAGGGAGCACCCAUCUCUCAAUUACUGUGAGGACAAAGUGAUAGAACAUUACAAGAAACUGAAGGGACUGACCAGAGGACAAGCCAUUGUGCAGUAUUUGGCCCUGGUGGAGUCCCUGCCAACAUACGGAGUCCAUUAUUACCCAGUCAAGGAUAAACAAGGAAUACCGUGGUGGCUGGGAGUCAGCUAUAAAGGCAUUGGCCAGUAUGAUUUGCAGGAUAAACUGAAACCGAGAAAGUUGUAUCAGUGGAAGCAGUUAGAGAAUUUGUAUUUCCGCGAGAAGAAAUUUGCAGUGGAAGUGAACGACCCACACAGAAGAACAGUGACCAAGCAAACUUUCGGACAGACUGGUCUGGUUAUUCACACAUGGUAUGCCAGCCACUCUCUGAUUAAAACCAUCUGGGUGAUGGCCAUCAGUCAGCACCAGUUCUACCUGGACAGGAAGCAAAGCAAAUCAACGAUGACCACAACCAGGAGUUCAGGAGACAUCGCCAUGGACCUCACAGAGAUCUGUGCCCCGCGUAUCAGUAAACUUUCCAGCAUUGAGAGCAGAGACCAGCUUAUCAUGGCCAGCAACGGAAGCCUCAUCUCAGCCGGUUCCGCUGACUCUGAAGUCAGCGAGGAACAGAAGAAAGAGAAGGUUGCUGAGUUGAAAAAGAAAGAGAAGGACCUUAAACACACACUGACACAGAAACUUGAGGAACUGAAACAGAUCUGCAUGAGAGAAGCUGAACUUACUGGCAGAUUGCCUAAAGAGUAUCCCUUGGCCACAGGUGAGAAAGCUCCUCACGUACGGCGCCGUGUUGGGACAGCCUUCAAGCUGGAUGACCUUUUCCCCUAUGAUGAGGACCCACAUCUGAGGAAUCUGGAGAGCAGGUUCGCCUUGCAGCAGAAGAUUGUGGAAGCAGCCAUCAAGUUAUCCAACGAGGAUGACCUCUGCAAGACGGUGAAGAAAAAGAGGAGAAACAACUGUCUGGAUGCGAUGAGGAAGCUGGAGGAGAUCGAGAGGGAGAUCAACGCCUACAGGAUCAAGAAAGGAAGGAAACCCACCCAGAGAGCCUCACUGAUCUUAGCAGAUGAUGUCAACCCUUCAGACCUCAGCUCUCUAUCUGACAGCCUCACUCUGGAUGACGAUGAUGAGCUCAGUUCCCAGAGGCAGCGGUCCAGAUCGGUUCAGUAUUCCCCAAGACCACACCAUGCAGAAACUCUGGACAUCCACUACAACAAUGACAGACGGGACUCUGCCAAUGACGAGCAUGCAGACAGCAGAUUAUAUUACGGCCAAGUCCAGGAUUCUCUCCACUACAGUCACCGUAAUGCCUUAUCAAGCCACAGCAGCCCGUUUAAACCGGCUUCCAGACAGCCACGUGAUGCCCGCAGCAUGCCCCCCACCCCCCUCCUUACCCGCAACGCCUACAGCAGCACUCAGCUCAGAUCAGAGGAUGCUCCACAACAUUUCCGCCAGCGUAGCGGUAGUCUGGAGUCCCAGUCUCAGCUCCUGACAGAGACGGAACCUCCUGUGCCAACGUUCGCCUUCUCCCCAGCCCGACGCAGCAACAGCACUGAGGUCCUCGAUGACGGCUCCUCCUACACAAGCCAAUCCAGCGUAGAGUACAGCAUCCCUGGUAACCACACGCACCGGCGCAGAGCUCGCGGCCGCCACAGAAAAGACAUGUACGCCAACACAGGUAGCAUGCCUAACUUGGCUCAGCCCGACACCCGCUGCUACGCCUACCAGCCGCAGGCCAGACCCACCACGACAGCCUACUAUGUGACGGGUUAUCCCAGCUACGCAGAACCAGAGCCUUACUCCAACGGAGUCUACAUGUACGGCAAUGAGAUGGAGGGACACUAUAACGUCAAUCCUUCAUACAACCCCACCCCGACAGCUUAUCAUGGCCACGACAUGCACAGUCACUAUGGUAACGACGAGAUAGACAGCAUGUCGCAGAACCCGUAUGCCACGCUGCGGCCACCCAGGAACCGCCAGGUGCCCCGCAGCAACGAGCAGGUCGGCAAGAACAUCCAGAAGGCUUUGGUGGCUGAACACUUGAGAGGCUGGUACCAACGUAACGCUGCACACAAACAGGCAGCAUACAACUACGACUAUGACAGAGGCUCCCAGCAGAGCCUGGGCUACCAGACCAUGCCUGCACCCCACAGCCACAACGGCAGGAACAUCUCCUACUCAGUGUCCUCAGCGUCCUCCAGCGUAAACUGGCACAACCACAUGAGUGGUGGUGGUAUGUCGGAAUAUGACAUGCCCAUGCGUGCUCCGCAGACCUACUCUUACAGUACAGCCCCCUACAGCCACUCCGCCCACAACAGAUAUGGCUCCUCACAGCUCUUUAAGGGCUCCCGGCACAGCCCUGAUGGCCAGAGGCGCUGUGCCUUUUUCCCUACUAGUUCUUCCUCCUCAGCUUCCUCCUCCAUCUCCUCCCUGCCCUCCUCCACCUUUACCUCCUCCUACUCCCCCGGCUGUCGGGUCAGGCAGGUGGCCUCCAGCCCUGCACAGCCACAAUCCUCCAGAGGGCACAGGCUCAGUAAGGUGUCCUUUGCUAAAGGUAGUUCAUAAUCCUACAUAGAUGUCAGCCAAAUGGACUCACACAUCAGUAACCAAAUGCACACUAACCUGGAGCCUGAGGAGCAGAUUUACUGGCAUGAAGACUCAAAACCGGGAACAAUCGUGUAGUUGCCUGUCUCUCAAUGUGCUGUAUGAAUUUUCACCUUGACAAGUUGUCAUUGUGCCUUAGAUUGCACUUACCUGUUCUGUUCAAGAGGAUCCAAAGAAUGAAGGAACUUAACUUCUGUGGGAUUCAGCGUGUAAAGGAAAUGAAGCCCUCUCAUUUUAUGUUCUCUUGAAUGCAAUUGCCGAACUGACCCACACCUUUAAAUCAACCUUUAAAUCAUAACAAAACCCCACGGGAGCGUCUUCAUGUCUGAAUUGCAAUUGUUUGUGGUGAUAGCACUUGUGCACUGAAGCUAUACAAGGACCUGAUGUGGACUUAACUUCUCCAGUGUUUUACUGAAGACAUGCAGGCUUCACAAACCAAGGACUAGGACAGUCUCUGUGAGAGGACACUGAGCCGCAAUGAACAACGCUCUGCACACAUGUAUGAACAGUUUAACCAUGAAGGAUUGGACAAGGAUGUAUAAGGACAUUAUCACAAUGAAGGAUUGAACUUAUUAAAAAUGAUUCAAAAAGAUGGCUACUUCCUGUAGCAUUCUGCAGUCACCAGACCUAGUUUUAUCAUUGCAUAGCUUGUAUCUACCACACUGUACUCUAGUUUGUCAUUUACAAAGUAUUCAAUCUAUCUCAUGGUCAGUGCUUAACAGUACAAUUGAGCCAAAUACAUGUCACCAUUUGAGUAUUACCCAAAGUCCCAAACUUUGAUAUCACUGCCACAUCUGAUAAGUCACUGCAGGAAGACAGAAAAUCCAGUUUUGUUUUAUUAUUUUAACAUGGUUAUUUCACCCAUGCUGGAAAUCAUGGACUGGUGCUCCCAAUUUCUCUUAAGAGAAUCAAGCUGUAUGUAAAUGUUGGUAUUGUAAAUACACUGGUUCUGUCUUUUUUUAGAGCAUUUUUUUAUGUAUUUGAGAAGCAUGUAAUAUAUAGUAAACAACUGUUGUUAAGCUGGUUCUUAGUAAUUUGUAUAAUUGAAUUUGUUUGAAUUAAAAGAAAAUCAGCAUUUGAAAC